GAUUGAUUCCAUCAAACCGUCUGAAUCGGAUUUUCCCCUUCGUUUUCUCCUUUUUCUUCUUCUCUACAUAAUUCUUUUCUUUGACCAUUUACUUCACCUCCAACACUUUUUCUAGGGUUCCUUUCUUCAUUCCUCUUCCACUUCUCUCUACUAAAUUUCCCUUGUCUUUUUUUCUUCACUCUCCAUCAGCACAGAAUCUCUCAGAUGGCGAAUUUCGCUCCCUCUUCUUCAGCUGCUGCUGCGGCCACUGGUUGUGGUUCUUCUUCGGGAGCAGCUAUUGACGAUGCAUUCGAAGACGCUUGCAGUAUUUGCCUCGAGCCUUUCACUGCGCAAGACCCUUCCACUUAAUAGAGUGUCAAGAUUUGUACAUUGUUUCUUAUUUCAGGUCACUAGCUGCAAACAUGAGUAUCAUCUUCAAUGUAUUCUUGAAUGGUCACAGAGAAGGAAAGAGUGUCCAAUCUGUUGGCAGCUUCUUGUCCUAAAGGAUCCUACCUGCCAAGAACUUCUAGCUGCUGUUGAUACUGAGAGGUGUUUGAGGUCAAGGAACACAUCUUCUGCUGCAUCUGCAAACCUACCUCAUUUUCAUGAGGAUUUUGAUGUAGAACAGGAUUCCUACUCAGAUGACUCAGAUUUUGAUGAGCAUAUUAUGCAGCAUCUAGCUGCUGCUGCUGCAAGCAGAGCUCAUUACCUUCGCAGAAGGGAGAGGCAGAGAUCAUCAGGACAGGGUCAUCCACGGUUUCUUGUCUUCACCUCACCUACAAAUAUACCUACUGCACAACAAUCACGAUCUUAUGCAGAAGAAUGCCAAGAUGUAUAUAAUGGGUUGUCAGGGGCCAAUUCACAAACUUCAACUUGUCUCAUGACAUCAGAGCCUCUGCCAUCUGCAGUCCCUCCUGUUAUGAAUGGGGUAUCUAGCACUUCUGUCAACAGAGACGACAUUCCUUCCAAACCCAGAGUUUUCUUUAGACGAUCGCCAACUGCUUCUCCCCGAAUGCCAUCUGAGGUGUCAUCUUUCUCAGAGUCCAUUAAAUCUAAAUGGGUUGCGGCUUCAGCCAGAUACAAGGAAUCAAUCUCUAAAAGUACUCGAGGCAUAAAGGAGAAGCUACUUGCUCGUAAUAGUUCAGUUAAGGAGCUUAGCAAAGGAGUUCAGAGGGAGAUGAGUGCAGGGAUUGCUGGUGUUGCCCGAAUGAUUGAGCGGUUAGACCUUACCCCAAAAAGAACUGGAACCUCCAGUCCAGUUUCUGAUUUGAGGCCAGGAGCAUCAGACCUCUUGAAGGGUAAGGGCAUGCAAGAGAAUAUUGUUGCUUGGGCACCUGACAGAAAAAGUGAGGAAGUUGCAUUUGCUACAAGCUUGAAUGCUUCUUCACAUUUCUCCUGCACUGUCCCAGGUCAACUGGAAGUUCUCCAUGCAGAGGUUCAGAAACCUUAAUGCAUUAUUGCUCAGAGAGGUCAUUGACACUGUGGAGCUGAAACCUGAAUGUUUAAUUGUGCUUUUACAUGUUCUGAGAAAGGGCAAAUGAUGUAAGCGACGUGCUGUGAAGAAACCAAUUACCUAUUGGUUUGCGUCCUGCAUUGCUAUUUAUGCACAAGUAAUGACCUUAGUUGGCAGGAGUUACUGUUCAAGAAAAAAAGUAAUUACUCUUGUCAUGAAUUCUUAUAGGAGAAUAAAAGAUGAGGCCUCUUCGCAAUUUUAUUAAUUGCUUGUCAAUUACAGAGAAACUAGAUUUUCUACUCUGGCAUGUUUGCUUGUGCUCUUAUUAUAUUUAAUAUUCUACUUGGAUGUGA